CUCUCAACUGUCUCUCCGUGUUCAACUCGCGUUUCAGCAAAAACAUUUGAGAGAGAAUUUUCUUCACAAGCAGCCUUUCCCGAAAUCGGAGUCGUAAUAAAUUUUACUUUUAAGAAUUGCCACUAUUCUGAUAUUGGAUCUUACUACGAUCGCAAUUUCCAAUUUUGUUUCACGUUGAAAAGGCUCUGAUUUGUGGCGGAUUUCACCGAAUCCUGAUUGAUUUUAAAGGAAUUUGGUGAAUCGAUUUGGUAAUCGUACCACGGGACGAAUUGAAAGCAGUUGGAGGAUUUCAUAUAUUUGAUCAUAGAUUUUUGAACGAAAAAGGUUGAUUUUUGUCGAUAAGUGUGAUUCGAUAAGCGAUGUUGACAUUAACAGUUAGGUUUGUGAUGUAAUAUGGCAUUGGCUCUUACACGAUUAAACAAUGUCGCUUUACAUUGGUCGCGAGACUUCCAAGCUCUGGAAAAGAAUUAGUGCAGAAACUACAACUGAAGUCAACCUUCUAGCGGAGAACUGGAAGUAUGUUCUCGGCGGUUUAAUUUGCCAGUACAUGCAUGGGCUAGCUGCUCGAGGUGUUCACUACAUUCAUCGCCCUGGGCCAACUCUACAGGACACUGGAUUCCUUCUACUUCCAGAGCUUGGAGAGGAGAGAGCAUAUGUUAGUGAGACAGUUUUUACUUUCAUCUUUCUAUCUUUUAUCUUGUGGACAUUCCAUCCUUUCGUAUUCAAGACCAAAAAGAUCUACACUGUUCUAAUAUGGUGCAGGGUCCUUUCAUUCUUAGUUGCUUGUCAAUUUCUUCGUGUCCUUACAUUUUAUUCAACUCAACUUCCUGGUCCAAACUACCAUUGUAGAGAGGGUUCACGCCUUGCAACAUUGCCUCGUCCUGAUAAUCCUCUUGAAUUUCUAUUAAUCAUGCCACGUGGUGUGCUUUAUGGAUGUGGUGAUUUGAUAUUCUCAUCCCAUAUGAUUUUCUCUCUAGUAUUUGUCCGAACAUAUCAAAAAUAUGGUACACGGAGAUUUAUAAAGCAGUGUGCAUGGCUAACUGUUGUGAUUCAAAGUUUGUUAAUUAUUGCUUCUCGGAAGCAUUACACAGUUGAUGUCGUUGUCGCAUGGUACACAGUCAAUUUGGUUGUUUUCUUUGUUGACCGAAAGUUGGCAGAUAUGCCUGAGCGUAAUAUAGGGGCGCCUAUAUUGCCAUUGAGCAAAGAUGUCCGGAUGAAAGAAGAGAAUACUAAACUUGUGAAUGGAAACCCCGGAGAUCCUGUAGAUUGGAGAUUGAGAAAUCAAGCGAAUGGGAAAGUUAAUGAAGAUAGCAAUGGACUUCAUGUUGAUGUAUUGGAUGGUGUAUAGUCAACGAAAGUCAAAAUCAUAACUUCAACAAUUUUAAUUGGGUAAGAAAUACGAUUUGAGGGCAUGUUAAUAUGUUAUGUUGCUACAUGUCGAUGUUGUCCCCUAUUCAUUUUAUUACAGACUAUCAUCACAUAUUUGAUUAAAAGAAAAUGUCAAUUGUAUAUGAUUCCAUCACUUCUUGUA